AGAGCUCCAGCCCCGGGCAGUGUGGACAUCCCCAAGAUCUGCCGUAUCUGUUACACGGUAAUUGUUUGUGUUCACCUACCUCACUGGCUGUAUGUAAUCAAAGGGUCUCAGCCCGUUCGUGCUACGCCAUUGAUCUGUUUGAUGGCGUCAUCAAAAUCGUCGAUAUAAACCUGUCUUUUCCGUGCUAAUGGUGAGUACCGUCUGCAUCGCAACAUCGACAUGGCGGCGGUAGCGGUAGCAAUAGCACGGCAGCCUGACAUCCAGUACACGCCGGAGCUCAACAAGUACGAAGCGCGGGUGAAGCGCAGGCUUGCAGGCGAGGCGGCUCUUGCGACCAAAACCCUGCCUACAGGCUUCCCGCAACAGUUAAAGUCAGAUUUGGUGUGGGAGGGAGCCUCCAUUCCAAGAGAAUAUGACUGGAACUUUGUCCUGAAACCCGAGCAUAUCGAGGAACUAGAACAUGCCCUCGAACAUUUUAAAUCUUUGAAUAAGCCACUUGGCUACAUUGACCAGUCGACUUUUCCUCUACCGAAACUGCACUCUGAGCUUCGUGGAAUCUCACAUGAACUGCAUUUCGGCCAUGGGUUCAAAGUUGUCAGGGGCGUUCCCGUCACGCGAUAUGGCCGGGAGGACAACAUCAUCCUUUAUGCUGGCCUUUCCUCGCACAUUGCUCCUCUACGAGCACGCCAAGACAGUCGCUAUAACGGUGAGCCAGCGGAUGUAGUUCUCAGUCACAUCAAAGAUCUUAGCGCAAGCAAGGAGAAGGCCAGCAUUGGUGCCCCCGCUUACACCGCCGACAAGCAAGUGUUCCAUACCGACACCGGCGACAUUGUCUCGUUGUUUUGCCUGAGCCCGGCCGCUGAAGGAGGCAAAAGCAGGCUGGCAAGCACUUGGCGAGUCUACAAUGAAUUGGCCGCAACCAGGCCCGACCUCAUUGAGACGCUAUCCCAGGACUGGAUCGCCGAUAACUUUGGGAACUCUGAGCAACCUUUUAUAGCCAAACCCCUUCUGUUUCAUCAACCGGCCACAGCCCAGACCCCUGAGCGCGUCCUCUUGCAAUAUGCUCGAAGAUACUUCACGGGGUUUGGAGCCCUACCCCGUUCAACGGCAAUCCCGCCGAUCACAGAAGCACAAGCUGAAGCACUAGAUGCAAUCCACUUCCUCGGAGAGCGCUUCAACGUUGAGCUGGAUUUUCAACAAGGCGAUAUCCAGUACGUGAAUAAUUUGGCGGUUUUCCACGCUCGUGACGGUUUCAAGGACACCGAAGAGCGCCAACGCCACCUCGUUCGCCUCUGGCUUCGCGACCCGGAAUAUUGUUGGGAGACACCGAACGCUUUGAAAUCGAAGUGGGCGCAAUUGUACCAUGGCGUGACCCCGGAUAGGCAGGUCUUCCCGUUGGAGCCGUAUGUGCGAAGCGCUAGUAAUGGAUCUCUGAAGGCCACUCAAUAGAACAUCGCUCAUUGACGGCCCUUCAACGCAUGGCACUUCGGCGAUGCCACCAUCAUAGGUUGAUUUGGCGGAGCAACAG